ACACAGGGCCAGAGUAAGCACUGUAAACCUGGACAUGUCCACUGUGCGACAGAAAACCGAGGAACAAAGUCAGCAAGGCCAAGAAAAGAGCAGCGCUGACCAAGCCGGACUGAUAAUGUGUGAAUAUGAGCGCUCAGAACAGAGAACAGCAGAGUCUACAGCGGAGUCUCCACCAACUCUGAUUGGUCCAGACAUGGACAGCAUGGAGAGACCAGCCAAUCCGAUUCACCACAUCCUCAAACACAAAACAACGUCCAAUAUGGCGAAGCUUCAGCGUGGAGAUCCUCAGCUCAAAUCAGAGAAACAGGUUAAAUUCGGAAGAGAAAUAUCCGAGUCCAGUGAAGAUGAAGGGCCUGAGGAGGUGGCCUUUGAGGAGUCUAAAUCAGUGGCGCUGAAGAGCGCGGAGGAGGCGCUGCGCGCCAGGAGAAGAGAAAAGGAGCUGUUGAAGGAGAAGAGAAGAAAAAAGCAGCUGUUUUUCCAAGAGCAAAAGAAAAAAAGUCUUCUUUCAGAAGCUCUUUUGGAAGAAUUUGAUACAGUGCCACAGAAAAAAAAGAAGCUUUCAGUUGAAAAGGAGGAGAGUAAAAAUGAGGAGAAGGAGGAGAACAUGCAAGAAAUAAAGUCGCAGAAAGCGUCUAGAAGUUUGCAGGGAAACUGCAGUGUGAUGCGGGUGAAGGACAAAGCCGCUGAUGAAUCACUGCAGCAAUCAGCCAUGGACUUCAUUCGGUCACGCUUAUAUGGACCAGGAAAAGAUAGAACAACCAAUGCUGAGCUUUUAUCCCUGGAAAAGAAAAGGGGUGCCAACCAAGGGGCUGCGGUGCAGUUUGUGAAUAAGAAAUUGGGAGCAGAACAGAAGGCCAAGGCAGAGAAGUGCAACAAGAGAUUUAUUCGGAAGCAGAAGCUAAUUCCCAGCUGAGAGCUGUAACAUUUAAAUGGACAGAUUGGAAGCGACAGCAAGAUAAAGACAGUCCGCCUGCUCACCUCACUGCACAUUUCAGCUGUUUUAUUCAGGACUGUCGUAUGCUAGAGGGCUUCAGACAAAAUGGCAAGUCUGCAGUUGCCUCGGACAAAUACUGUUGGGUUAUUUUGUGACUGGGAGCAGCUCAUGGCUGAAUGAAUGUGUCGUUGACUUUAAGAGUCCAAAAAAAUGGAAUGAAAUCACUGUGGUCAGUGUUCUUAUAAUCAGUCUUUAUGAAAAUACAUUUAAUUUAAUGUCUAGCAGUCGUUUCUUUGCUAAUGAGGUGUUGAUAGUUGGUGCUGGUCUGGAAAUCGACAGUUAGAAAGCUCAAUGUACACGACCAGUCAAAAGUUUGAACACACCUUGUUUGUUUUAGAUGUGUUGGUAUCUAAAAUAAUGUAGCUUUAAAUAUUGUCUCAAGAUGCAUCAUGAACAGCUAUGCGAGAUGAUUUUCCAACAGGAUUGAAGACAUUUGUUACUCCUUUUUGAAGAUGCAAGGCUUUGUUUCAAACGUUUUUGAAUUUUAGGGUAAGUUAGUGUAACAAUUUUAUUCUGAGUCACUGUGGACCAUUUUUAUUGGUCCAUUGGUAAUGACAUUGAGACAAUAUAAAUGGUAGUUGUUUUUUUUUUUUUUUUUUUUUAAGUUUAAUAGUAAUUUUAGUUUAAUAAUAAUUUUAGUUUUCUUCCAACAGCGGUGAUAUUCCAGACUUUAUUUCAGCCACCAAAUUUACUAUUCGUCCUAGGAACAAAUUUGCAUUUAAGCAUAAGCUUUUAAAAUGUAUUAUCUGACAUUAGGUGUGUCCAAAGCUUUGACCUGAGAGUGCAGAUAAUAAAUUUUAAAGCAAUGGUUUGACUUAAAAUUCAAAUGUUCAAAUGACUUGUGUGCUCUCUGACUCUGUACAGCAUACAAUUGUUAUACAUUCAGUUUUGUCCACAAAAAAUUUUUGCAGACCAACUAAUUGGAGUAAACCUGAGGUUGUGUAAA